AUGAACAAUGACCAGAGCGUAGCAAAUGCACACACCAACGUCCCCGCGAUGACACUGGUGACCCUCGGCGGGGCUUUCGAUAUGCGCAACGUCAGCCCGUUCUGUUUGAAAAUUGAAAUGCUGAUGCAAUCUCUCGGACUCAAAUUUGAUCUUGCAGAGCAACCAGACCCCCGCAAGGCACCCAAAGGCAAAUUGCCUUACCUGGAAGUGGAUGGCAAAACCCUGCCCGAUUCAGAAUUGAUCACCGAAUACCUUAACGAAAUCACCCAUGGCGCCGUCUACGCCGGUCUCACAAGCCAACAGCAGGCCUAUGGGGUCGCACUGGCUCGUCUGGCUGAGGAUCAUUUAUAUUGGUUAAUGGUUGCCAGUCGCUGGCUCGACGAUAGCUGGUGGCCAAAUGUCGUAGACGGUUUUUUCCAUAUCGCGCCAGCAAUUAUUCGACCGCUGGUCGCAGGUGCUGCACGACGGCAGGUCCGUCAGACCUACGACCUGCAGGGCCUUGGGCGACACAGCAUCAGCGAACAACGCGGCUUUGCCGAACGGGAUCUGCAAGCCCUGCAGGAUGCGGUGGCAGAUCAGAACUUUCUGUUCGGCGACACCCCAAAUAUUUUUGAUUUCACGGUGGCCGGCGUGAUGUCAGGCAUUUACGAUAACCGGCCACCGACCUGGUUAACCGAGAUGGCGCAGAAUUACUCGAAACUGCAGGCCUAUACCGAACGGGUCGCAAGCAACGUAGCCACUAUUGGCAUGGAUGACGGCAAAGCCAACGCAGUUGGGCAUAACUUUAUCGACAACAUGAAUGAGGCCCUGGACCGUGCUGAAAAGGAAGCCCAGGCAGUACUGAUCACUGGACGAGAAGGCGUCUUCUCAGGUGGCUUUGACUUGAAAGAGUUUGCCAAAGGGGUAGAUGCAACCAAUGCGUUGGUGAACAAAGGUGCAGCAAUGUUGUUGCGUCUAUUCAAACAUCCACAACCUCUUGUUGUGGCCUGUGCAGGCCAUGCGGUAGCAGCAGGCGCAUUUACCCUGCUGGCAGCAGACACGCGAAUCGGCGUCAGUGGACCUUUCAAGAUAGGUUUGAAUGAAACCGUGAUCGGCAUGACCCUGCCUACGUUCGGCCUGCAGCUGGCCGCCGCGCGUCUGUCCAAACGCUUACAGACAAAGGCCACCAUACAAGGCCAUCUUUUUGCGCCAGAGGAGGCUUUGGAUGCAGGUUUUCUUGAUCAGGUGGUAUCACCAGACUUGCUGAUCGACACAGCUUUUUCAAUUGCAGUGGAGCUUGCCCAGUUGCCUACCGGGGCUUAUGCGGCAAACAAGCUGGCGGUACGAGCACCUUAUAUUGCAGUUAUUGAGUCCAGCUUAGGAUGA